UUCGUUUAUAACUUUCUUUAAUGAAAUUUAAAAAGACAGUUUAAGACAUUCCCAUGAUAAAUAACUGACGGAAAUGGCUUCUACUCACUAUUCAUCUAUUCACAAGGCAUCGAAUUUAAUCCACGACUUAAGAUGUUCUCCUUGUGAAGAAGACGGACUCAACUCCGAAGUUCAGUACUUUUGUAUUGACUGUUCAAAGUACUACUGUUCUAUGUGCGAGUCCAAACAUGGCGGCCUGUUUAAGCGGCACAAAGUACUCGGACGAGAGAACGUAAAGGAAUGGGCGGCGAUGCCUGGGACGGUCGUGAACGAUCUAGAAAGAUGUGAGCAUCAUUCGGAGAAAGUGGUGGAGCUGUUCUGUGUAGACCAUCAAGAGCUGUGCUGCCAAAUAUGCGUCUCCGUUGUUCACAGACAAUGUUCGACGAUACAACAUAUACCAGACUUAGCCCGAGGCAUUUAUGACAAACCAGAAUUUAAACGGCUUCCACAACAAAUAGUAGACAUCCAAUCACAAAUCAAGAAGCUACAGGAUUCUUGUAAGAAUAAUCAACACUCCAUAAGAGACUCUCGUACACAAAUCAUACAAGAGAUAAGAGCUUUGCGAAGAAAAAUUGACCGCGUCUUUGACCAGCUGGAGAAAAACACAAUUAAAGAGCUGGACGUUAUUGUAGCAAAGUUUGAGCUGGAAAUAAAAGAAGACAUUGAACAGUCCACACAGAUGAACAAAGUCAUUACAUCACUUGCAGAUAACAUGGCGAAGAGUAAGAUGAACGAUUUCCUGGCCUUCGUAGGAUAUUCGAGAUGCCAGGAUAUGAUUACAGAAGCUAAUUAUUUUCUUUUAAACACCACCACCAAUCAAGAAAGAAAGUUAAAAUUUGUGCAUGAUUCAGAGCUUAACGACCUCAUUGAUUCUUUUCUUUCUCUGAAAUGCUUUGGUAAGAUUACUCAUUCGUCCCAUGUUUUCAAGACUAAGAACAUUAAACAAUUUAAUGCAGCACUAAUAGGUGACAUAGAUAUUAAUUCCAUAAGUGGAAUAUGUGAACUACCAAGUGGAGAGCUCGUUCUCGUUGACAAUAACAAUUGCCGUAUAAAGCUCCUGAACCAGUCCUAUCAGGUUGUUAGUCACUGUGACGUUCCAAUUCAACCACACAAUUCGUGCCACAUUGCGGGCAAUGAGCUGGCCGUUGCUUUCAACUUUAAAGAUGAGAACAGACAUGAAGUUCGCUUCUUCAACGUAAGGUAUUCAAAGCUUCAGCAGACAAGAAAGCUAAUAUUUUUUCACAAAGUUCGACAAAUAGCUCACCAUUCAGGGCGUCUGUAUAUCACCUCUGACACUGCACUUUACUCUUACGACAAAGCAGGCAAUGAUAGGGAGAAGUUGUUUGAGGACAGGUCGGAUAGAUGCACUGUUUACCACUGUGCUGUUAGCUCCGAUGGCAGUAAAAUUUAUGUCACAAACGCCUCAAAAAACCAACUUAUUACCUUGGAUAAGGCAGGAAAUAGAUUAGCAACACUCCGCCACGUUACAUCGCCACGCGAUAUUCAAGUUUCACCUCUAGGUCACGUGUUUGUCUGCUCUUAUGGCUCAAAUACCGUGCUUCAAGUGGACAGGGAAGGCAAGCGAAAACUGGUUACACUAGCCACACGGUCAGAUGGAUUAAAGAAUCCAAUAUCUUUAUGUUACAGGUGCCGUACAUCCAGCCUCAUCGUGGGGCAAUAUAACAAUAACAACGGUGUCGUGAUAAAGUUGAAAUAUGCUCCACUGAAGAACAUGUACACUCGAUUAUGAAAAAAAUGAAACAAACAGCCAAGUCCUUGAAGCAUUUCUGAUAGUAAUUUGUCUGCAAAAUAUACCUGUUUGUUUAUAUUUGGAAUUUUACAGUGAAAUACUUGUGAAAAAAGGAGUGCUUAAUUGCUGAGGUGUAUAAUAGUACGUAGACAUUAUGCAUCUAUCAGAAAUUGAUAAUAUCUUUAAUUGGUUGUGAACGAUUAUAUGAAUAGUGAUAUUCGCUUUAACUGAGUAUCAGCACAUAUUAUUUUAAUACUAUGCUACUGCAUACAAAUACUUAUUCAGGUUAAGAUGUAUGCUUUGUUGAUACCUUAAAUGUUAUGAUUUGAUAUAUUAUAUUUAUAUAUAUAUAUGUUUAAACUUUAUCACCAUAAGAGGCCAAAACAUGAGGAAACAAUGCCCAACGGUAUGGUAAAAUACCAAUGAUACAAUGAAACAAUGAAUCAUUGCCAAAUUUUAUCAUAAACAAGAGCAACGCAUUUUGGAACAAUGUCCAAUGUCAUUAAAGAGACAAAAACUUAAAGGCCAAGUUUAAGGAAUGUUUAGAAUGAUAAUCCCCUGCUGUGUAUCUCUUGCUAAUUACACUGGUGUCACAGUAGGGGCCAAUUUCCUGUGUAUUCGUGUAUUGGCUCAGGGCCAUUUAGGGUCCAUUUCUACAAUGUAACUUCGAAAACCGCAUAGCAGGAUAGCAGAUCGGAGAUCUGAUAAGAGUGAUCUAGGCAA